UGAUGACGAUCUGAUCCAAUCAUUUCUGGACACAAUGGAGAAGACGGGCGCAGACUUUACUAAUUGUUUCCGAGCCCUCAAUAUACUAACCGUUUGCGGUCUCGAGAGCCAUAAGAAAAGUGUCAAAGAUUUAGAGACAGAACUGAUAUCUCAAUGCAGUUCUUUAGAAGAGAUAAUCGAUGCCAACGAAUCUAGUUUUGAUUCGCAAGAAUUUCAGUUGUUUUUGGUUUUGUUGCAAACGAAUCCACAGCUUUUGGAAAUGUUAGGCAAAGGACCCAAAGCUAUAGAAAGGGUUUUAGCGAAGAUGGAGAAGACUAAAGAAUUAAAAACAAUGACUUCGGAACAGAAAAGAAAUGAAGAUUCAGAGCACUGGGAGAAAUGGAUUGACAAUUAUGUGAAUCGCAUUGAAUAUGACGUGAAAGAGUUUGCAAGCGAUUUGCAAGAACUGCAAAAUCAUAACAACAAACGCCUUAAAGUAAUGAAUGAAAAUAAUCCGAAAUAUGUUUUACGAAACUAUUUGGCGAAAGAGGCCAUAGAGAGGGCAGAAGCGGGAGAUUUCUCUAAAGUGAACCAUUUGUUGAAGAUCUUGCAAAACCCGUACAAUGAAUGCUGUGAUGACACCAAUCCAGAUAAGAAGGACUACUGCAAAAGGCCUCCUCUUUGGGCCAACAGACUUAAGGUCUCCUGUUCUUCAUAAACCCAUACAAUCCCUCACUUCCUAUGCUUGUAAUAGGAAUUUACAUUUUACUACAAUAUUGUAAUACUGGUUGCAAACACUCCACAGUUUGACAACAUAUAGCCGUAAUGUUACCCUACUGUACUGUACUAACUCAAGAAUAUUCCUAUGAUUUUGUUUUACUUUCUGUACUGUAUUUUAAAAUAUUCAACAUAACGUAUAGACUUAUGCGUACAAAUGAAUUUACUACUCUUUCUCUGAAUUUAUACAAAUUUUUAUAACUUGAACCUAAUUUUUAAGAUCUGAUUCAAAAUGAAUGCAGACUUCUAUCAAGAAGUGUUGAUAUGGUUACCGCAGUUGAUAUGCAUUAGAACCGGAUUGUGAUAUGAAUUAAAUGAAGACUUUGUUGAAUGCCUUAAGAAUUGUAUAUUUGUUGAGUGAUUGAAGAAAUGAAUAAAUAGAGCGUUGAGUAGUUGAGAAGGAAAUGGAGUUAAAAUCGUGAAUCGGAUCAUGUAUUUUAAAGUGG